AUGUCCUCGCGUAUUUCGAAGCCUAAGCCUAGGCAGGAAGUNAUGGUUCUUAUAGAAAGAAGAAANCCUACCUCUCCUACCCCUUCUAAGGGCCCUACCUCCCCUCCUAAGGCUAAGCCUCAUCGGGGACGUAAGAAGGGUACCCCNAAUAAGAACCUCGAGCUGCAUGCCCUUAGGGCUAAGGUCCUAGAGCAAAAUGAGCAAAUCCGGGCUUUUUCCGACGAGAUUUUAGCUUUACGCGCCCAAAUCUCCGCCAAUUCUCAGCCAUUCUUUAACCCGACUGAAGAUUUGGAAUCGUGGCAUUUUGCUCGUCAAAAUGAGCCCUUGUUUGAUUUUUUUGAGCAAGGUCUUACUACUGAAAUGCCAGUUAAAGAAAGUUUUGACACUUUUGAAAACAGCUUCUUUAACUUCGACGAGCAGAUUUCCUAUCCCGAAGUUACCGGGUUCGAAUAUAUAGAUCCUACUCUUAUUUAG